CCGUUUCGUUCAGCAGCGCAGGCGUUGCCGUUUGAAUUUUUUUAAAUUAACAAUCAUGUUCAGAGAAGAGUAGCAUUACGGAUCUGGGGCCGUCUCAGUGUGUACGUUUUUUUAUACCGCUUAUAAGUGUAACCGGGACAACGGUGCCGGUGCAAAGUAUAUAUACACACAUAUAUAUAUAAUUGAAUAAGAAAUUGGAAUCGUUUUUGUGAAUGAACGCAUACAACGGCUGAGUGGAAUACUAUUGGCUACGAUAUAUUAAAAGAAGAUAAUCAUGGAGGACGGCCAUUCGAAAACCGUGGAGGAAGUGGUGAAUUACUUCAACGUUGAUCCCGAGAAAGGAUUGUCCCCGGACCAGGUCAAGAGGAAUCAGGAGAAAUAUGGUCUCAACGAAUUGCCGGCUGAGGAGGGAAAAUCCAUUUGGCAACUCGUCCUAGAACAGUUCGACGACCUUCUAGUUAAGAUCCUUCUAUUAGCUGCUAUUAUUUCUUUCGUAUUAGCUUUAUUUGAAGAGCACGACGAUGCCUUCACUGCCUUCGUCGAACCCUUCGUCAUUCUGCUCAUCCUUAUUGCCAAUGCCGUGGUCGGCGUGUGGCAAGAACGUAACGCCGAGUCCGCGAUUGAAGCUCUGAAGGAAUAUGAGCCCGAGAUGGGAAAGGUAGUCAGAGGCGACAAGUCCGGCGUCCAGAGGAUCCGCGCCAAGGAGAUCGUACCCGGCGACAUCGUUGAGGUGUCCGUCGGCGACAAGAUCCCUGCUGACAUUCGUCUUACCAAGAUCUACUCUACCACUCUCAGGAUCGAUCAGUCCAUCUUGACUGGUGAAUCUGUAUCCGUUAUCAAGCACACCGACCCCGUACCCGAUCCUCGUGCUGUGAACCAGGACAAGAAGAACAUUCUCUUCUCCGGUACCAAUGUUGCUGCUGGUAAGGCUCGUGGUGUCGUAAUUGGAACUGGUCUUAACACUGCCAUCGGUAAGAUCCGUACCGAGAUGUCCGAGACCGAGGAGAUCAAGACGCCCCUGCAACAGAAAUUGGAUGAGUUCGGUGAACAACUGUCCAAAGUCAUUUCCGUAAUUUGCGUCGCUGUCUGGGCUAUUAAUAUUGGACACUUCAACGAUCCCGCUCACGGUGGUUCCUGGAUCAAGGGUGCCAUCUAUUACUUCAAGAUUGCCGUAGCUCUGGCCGUCGCUGCUAUUCCUGAAGGUCUGCCCGCUGUCAUCACCACUUGCUUGGCUCUUGGUACUCGUCGUAUGGCCAAGAAGAACGCCAUUGUCAGAUCCCUGCCUUCCGUUGAGACCCUUGGUUGCACGUCUGUUAUCUGCUCUGAUAAGACUGGAACUUUGACCACCAAUCAGAUGUCCGUCAGCCGUAUGUUUACCUUCGAAAAAAUCGAGGGUAACGACAGCAGCUUCCACGAAUUCGAAAUUACUGGCUCCACCUAUGAACCCAUCGGUGAGAUAUUCCUCAAGGGACAGAAGGUUAAGGGAUCCGACUUUGAGACUCUUCAUGAAAUCAGCACCAUCUGCAUCAUGUGCAACGACUCCGCUAUUGACUUCAAUGAGUUCAAACAGGCUUUUGAGAAGGUCGGCGAGGCUACCGAGACCGCACUCAUUGUCUUGGCUGAGAAGAUCAAUCCCUUCGCUGUCCCCAAGUCCGGACUGGACCGUCGUAACGCCGCCAUUGCCGUCAGACAGGACAUCGAGACCAAGUGGAAGAAGGAGUUCACCCUGGAGUUCUCUCGCGAUCGUAAAUCCAUGUCCUCCUACUGCGUUCCUCUCAAGCCCAGCAAACUUGGAACCGGACCCAAGCUCUUCGUCAAGGGUGCUCCCGAAGGUGUCCUGGACAGAUGCACGCACGCUCGUGUCGGUACUCAGAAGUUCCCUCUGACCUCUUCUCUGAAGAACCGCAUCCUGGAACUCACUCGUCAAUACGGUACUGGGCGCGAUACUCUGCGUUGUUUGGCUCUCGCUGCUGCUGAUCACCCAAUGAAGCCUGACGAAAUGGACUUGGGUGACUCCACCAAGUUCUACACCUACGAGAAGGACCUCACCUUCGUCGGUGUCGUUGGUAUGCUUGAUCCUCCCCGCAAGGAGGUCUUCGACUCCAUUGUCAGGUGCCGUGCUGCUGGUAUCCGUGUCAUUGUCAUCACUGGUGAUAACAAGGCCACUGCUGAAGCUAUCUGCCGUCGUAUUGGUGUCUUCGGCGAGGACGAGGAUACUACUGGCAAGUCUUACUCUGGACGUGAAUUCGAUGAUCUUCCUAUUGCCGAACAAAAGGCCGCCUGCGCUAGGGCUCGUCUCUUCUCCCGUGUGGAGCCCGCUCACAAAUCCAAGAUCGUUGAGUACCUGCAGAGCAUGAAUGAAAUCUCUGCUAUGACUGGUGAUGGUGUCAAUGACGCCCCUGCCCUGAAGAAGGCUGAGAUUGGUAUUGCUAUGGGAUCUGGUACAGCCGUAGCUAAGUCGGCUUCCGAGAUGGUGUUGGCUGACGAUAACUUCUCAUCCAUUGUCGCUGCCGUUGAGGAAGGUCGUGCCAUCUACAACAACAUGAAACAAUUUAUCCGUUAUCUUAUCUCUUCCAAUAUUGGCGAAGUCGUCAGUAUUUUCUUGACUGCUGCUCUUGGUCUUCCCGAAGCACUCAUCCCCGUACAGCUCCUCUGGGUCAAUCUGGUCACUGAUGGUCUUCCUGCUACUGCUCUUGGUUUCAAUCCACCCGAUCUUGACAUCAUGGACAAGCCUCCCCGUAAAGCCGACGAAUCUCUCAUCUCCGGCUGGUUGUUCUUCCGUUACUUGGCCAUUGGUGGAUACGUGGGUGCUGCAACCGUUGGAUCCGCCGCCUGGUGGUUCCUGUACAGCCCGCACGGACCUCAGAUGAAUUAUUACCAACUGACCCACCACUUGGCCUGCAUUGGCGGAGGUGAGGAGUUCAAGGGUCUUGACUGCAAGGUCUUCUCCGACCCGCAUCCCAUGACUAUGGCUCUUUCCGUACUUGUCACCAUUGAAAUGUUGAACGCCAUGAACAGUUUAUCUGAGAACCAGUCUCUGAUCAGCAUGCCCCCAUGGUCCAACAUGUGGCUCAUCGCUUCUAUGGCCCUUUCCUUCACACUCCACUUCGUCAUCCUCUACGUCGACGUUCUUUCGUCUGUGUUCCAAGUCACCCCACUGACUGUCGAAGAAUGGGUUACCGUUAUGAAGUUCUCCAUUCCAGUGGUACUUCUCGACGAAACCCUGAAGUUCGUUGCCAGAAAGAUCACAGACGGUGAGAACCCAAUUUACACCGUGCAUUGGAUCGUUUUAAUGUGGGCCGUGUUCUUUGGACUUUUAUACGUUUUCCCCAUAUAGAAAGUGAGAGUAUGCGCGUGCGAAAGAGUAUGAAAGCAAGCGGAGAGAUUGCGUGUGAGAAAGUGUGAGCAAUCACUGAGAGAACGAGACAUAGAAAGAGAGAGAGAGAGAUUGAGAGCAAAAGUAAAGAGAGAAAGGUGGAGAGUGAGAGUGAAAAGUUAGUUCAAAGAAAAGUAAAAAAAAAAAAAAAGAAAAUACUGAGAAACGACGACCUCGUCCUCCUCCGUAAGAGUGACACUACGGACGGAGCCAUCGUCGUCUAACCGAAGCUCCUGGGACUUGCAGUUUGCAUUUAGCUUAAACUUCCCCGUGGCACGGGAAGGUUUUCAUAAGGAUCGAUUUAACGAAGUGUGUUUAAGUGAGAUUUUUUAACCAGUUUAACUGUUGCGCAUGGUGUAUUAGUCAGUGCAACCAGAUGAGAUACAUAUAAUAUCUCAACUACUUCCUCUAUGCGGACCUCGAAAGGCUGACCAUGCUCGCCAACCACCAACACCGUGUAAACAACCCCGACGUCGCCCUAACGGUCGUACCAACCUCCAGUGGCAUCCAGAAAGCGUAUAGAAAUACCUAUCCCUACGUUAUCGUGCAUUAGUUCUGUCUAUAAUUUUUUGUUUAAUCUUUAUCACCUCGGUUCUGCUCGUUUCGCCAAAUGAAUUUCUUAAAUUCUUUUCUUUUUGUACGAGUGCCUUCUAAUCGUGUAAAACUCCGAAACCUUUCUUCACUGAUGUCAUCUUACUGUUAUCGUUACACGUGCUCGUGCGAAUUGAUUGUAAUCGGAUAUCGUGUUGUGUCCUAUCCCUUAUCACUCCCGAUUCUACGUAUUUGCACGUGUGUAUUAUUUAAUUAACCAUUGGUGUAGGUCAGUGUAGUCUCAUUUGUAUUCAUCCUGAUGCACAUCUUGUAUACGUUUGUUCAUAUACGUGUUAUAGCAUGUAAUUUCUUGUUUGCAUUCUGGAAUUGCUUAUCGUUGCAUUAUCACCGAUUACGUCUAAAGAGACGAAAAAUCGCGAGCACGGGCGCCAUAUGAAAACGCGAACACCACCGUGGUGAAUUUUCUCGAUCUGUAACUAUUUUCGAUUACCGAUACGGUGGUUCACUUCCUUAUAAGACGUCGACGUCAAGUCGAACGUUAACCCUUAGCGUUAAUAUUUUAUUAGAGAUUCGCGAAGGCCGAUCGCGCGAUUGCAUAAUAGAUCGACCUUCGGACGAGCCCGUAGAACCUUUCGUUUCUCCUAAGUAGCAUUUCGAUUGUACAUAAGGUAGUAGAUAGAAGUCUGUACAUUAUUAGCUACAAAUUGUAUUCACGGAUUAUUCGAAUUCAAUUAUUUCCUUUCGAUUAGAUAGAGAAAGUACCGGGAUUGCUUCCGACUUUAUCGAUAGAAAAUUUCCUCUUUUCCUAUGGUACUUUUUUUUUUGUUCUUACGAUUAAUUCCUUUUUUUUUUCUCUCUUGGUACCCCUCAUCAGUCUAUUCGUUUGACGCACGACUAUACACCCUUAACAUCCCUGUAUGACAAUUGUGCAAAGUCGAUGAGCGCCUGGGACUGUCU